AUAAAUAUCUCUCUGUCUCCAUCCUCCCGCAAAAUUCGGUGGGUAUAGAGUUACGAGGAAAAUCUGGAUUUUUUUAGUAGGCUAAUUGCGACCUGCGGAAUUCGAUUUCUAACGACAUCGUUUAGGUGAUAAACAGUUACACAUUUUACUUACCCUGGGGCUGGCGAGUAUAAGACCAUAACCCAAGGAGUCUCUAGACUCACUUCCAUUACACUCAAAUUUCAACUCUCGAAGGCAAAUUAGGGUUUUUACGCUUCUUCACAGCGAAAAGGAAACUUUUUAAUUUCAAAGAAAGGGGGGACGAAAACCAAGAAAAUUGCGAAAAAAAAAAAAGUCUCAAUAUUGAAUCAUUUUCUGGUGAAAUUUCAGAACCAGGUAUUCAGUUUUACACAUUCUUUUCUCAAAUUUCUUUUCCCUGUUUCCUUGAAUUAAAUUCUUGUUGGAAUGGAAAAGAAAUCGGAGGCAGAAUCAGAGCCCGGGGUAUACGAAAUACCGGGAGAGCCAGUUGUGGUUAUCAAUGGAGUCCCAAAGGAAAACCCAAAUUGCAUCACCCUUGUCCCGUCAAAAUCCAAUAAGGAAGACAACGAGCCUCAGAAAGAUAAAGGGUGUGGUGAAUGGUUGGAAGGCAGAGAAGUCCAGAAACUGUUUGGGGAAAGAUAUUAUCGUGGGAGUGUGAUCCAGUUUGACAAGGAAACCGGGUGGUAUAGGGUGGAAUAUGAAGAUGGGGAUUCUGAGGAUCUUGACUGGAUUGAACUGGAAGAAGUGCUUUUGCCUGUGGACAUUGCAGUUCCUUUGAAAACAUUGGCAUUGAAGUUGUUGAACAAGGAUCAAAAAGAUGUGCAGUUGGUGCUUCCAGCCUCUGAAAUUCCCAAGCCCAAGCAUGUGGGAAGCAACAAAGGAAAGAAGACAAAAGCACGUUGAUCUUGAUUCUCGAAGCUGGUAGGUGAAUUCCUAACUGAGAAUGCUAUAGUUUUAGUAAUUAGUUGAUAUUGUUUCAUGUCUAUGUUGUGUGGGAAUGUUGUAUGUGGAUGAAAUUAGUGGUUGCAGUAUAAGAGAAGCCUAUUUCCAUUUGUGUAACAUUGUCACUGUAGAAAUUGACUCUUGCAGUAGUAGAAUUUUAGCUUUGAUGCCCCAGAUUUUUACCUUGAUAAAUUCAUGGAAUGCCGUCAACCAUGUACAUUAUAUACUGGUUUAAUCAGUUAUCCAAAGGA